AUGGUUAUCUUUAACUCGAUCUUCGUCCUUCUUGCCCUUCUUUUGAGUGGUAUGCUCGCGCUGCCAUCUCCUGAUAAUACCAGAAACUACCACGAGGGAGACGACCAUGAAGAAGAUAGGCAUGAUCGCGACUGCCUGACCGACAAUGAAGCCCGCUUCCUCGCUGAUACUUUCAAAUACUUCUACAUUCGAUUGGAUCCUCGGCUUGUCGAAAAGUAUAUGGCACCGGACUUCCACGACUAUUCCGACAGCUACAUCUCGCUUUACCUGAAUGGCUCAAAAGCUCUCGGCAGUCCAGUAUCUGCGAGCCGCGACGAAUUCAUUCAGAAUCAUUUCGUGGACCCCCCCGUGUAUCCUGAAGGCAGUCCAAAUUGGUUCAUCCUAGAGGACAUCUUCCACACCUGCACGAAGAUAAGCUUCCGGUGGGUGCUAGAGCCAGAUGGCACGUUCAACAUAGGUCCACUACCUAUCCGCGGUAACAAUGUUAUGCACACCGUCAAGCGCGAUGGGAAAUGGCUGAUGAAGGCCGAGUGGUCAGAGUUCAAUACUUAUGCAUGGGCCCAGAAUUUGGGGGUUUGCGCGUGA